AUGGUUGCUUUUAUUUCUAUAGUAUCAACAGCGGCUGGAACGACGCCGAUUGGAGGAUCAACGCCAGCACCGGGAACUACCGGUGGCGUUUCGCUCGUGUCAGGAGAAACGACGCCGAUUGGAGGAUCAACGCCAGCACCGGGAACUACCGGUGGCGUUUCGCUCGUGUCAGGAGAAACGACGCCGAUUGGAGGAUCAACGCCAGCAGGAACCCCAUUUGGUAGUGCGCCAACGAGCGGUGUGCCUCAUACGGGAACCACUGGCAUCACCACAGUCAAGUUAGAUACACCAUGCCAAGAAAUGGAAUUCUUCGACACAAUCCUAUCGUUGAACAAUGUGGUUAUCACACCGAAAGAUGUCGACAAUAAAACGGAGUUGAGUCCAACGUCAGGUAAUGGUUUGGAUUUUCCCCAUGACGAGUUACAUCCCACAAUUGAAAUGAAACUACCGAAACCAUCGGUGAUAAACGGUCUCGAGCUUUUACCAAAAUCGCCAAG